GCAGUGUGAGUGACAUGACAAUUAACACUUGCUACAAUCUCCCUCUACAAGGUAUAAGGUCCAGUAGGACUAAUGCUCAAUGGGUUGGCCAGUGUUGGGAUUGCCUUACAUGACAAUCACUUGGGGUUGUUUAGCAGAGAAGCACUGAUGCAUUGGACUGUGUGAAUUUUGACAGAGUGGAUGUGUGUUCUAGGACUCAGUGAUUGGAACUUGCCAUUUCCAGGGGUUGAGGUGACACUAGCAUUUAGCCUAUUCCAUCAAGAGUCUAUUGGGCAGCUCCUCCUCUGCCUUGCAGGGUAUAAAGGACUGUGUUGUACUUGCAUAGCUGCCACUGUCAAGAUGGUGACACCCAGCUUGGCUCUUCUCUUCCUUGGCAUCAUAGCGGCCAAGAAUGAUGCCAUCAUCAUGGAGAGAUGCAAACUGGCAGCCAUCCUGAGGGACGAGGGCAUGGAAGGCUUUGCGGGCACCAGAAUAGAAGAGUGGAUUUGUUUGGUGUCUCACACAAGUGGCUUCAACACAUCAGCCCUUAACGUGGGGCCAACGGCUAGCAAUUAUGGGAUCUUCUUACUCAGUGGAAGGUGGUGGUGCAGAGAUGCCAAGACCCUGGACACACGCAACCAUUGUAACUUGAGUUGUGGUGCUCUCCAGGAUGACAACAUUACAGAUGACAUUGACUGUGCAAAGAGGGUUGUGCAAGGAAAGAAGGGCUUCAAAGCAUGGAGAGCUUGGGGAAAAUAUUGCAAGGGACAAGAAAUGAAACAAUAUAUUGCACACUGUCAUCUUGAAAAAAUCACCCCUAUGACACUCGUCCCAGCAACAAAACUUCAUCCAAAACCUACCACCCCCCCAAUGAAGAAGGAUCAAAUCACCCCUAUGACACUGGUCCCAGCAACAAAACUUCAUCCAAAACCUACCACCCCCCCAAUGAAGAAGGAUCAAAUCACCCCUAUGACACUGGUCCCAGCAACAAAACUUCCUCCAAAACCUACCACCCCCCCAAUGAAGAAGGAUCAAAUCACCCCUAUGACACUUGUCCCAGCAACAAAACUUCCUCCAAAACCUACCACCCCCCCAAUGAAGAAGGAUCAAAUCACCCCUAUGACACUGGUCCCAGCAACAAAACUUCCUCCAAAACCUACCACCCCCCCAAUGAAGAAGGAUCAAAUCACCCCUAUGACACUCGUCCCAGCAACAAAACUUCCUCCAAAACCUACCAACACCUCAUUGAAAGAAGAUCGGCCGAAGACCACUCUCCAAGCAAAGGGUCCCCCAAAACCUACUGUCCCAGUUAAGGAGCCCACAAAAGCCAUGAUCCCAGUCAAGGCUCCCCCAAAACCUACCAUCUCAAUCAAGGAGCCUGCACGCUCCACUCUCCCUGAAAAUGGUCUCCCAAAAUUCACUGCCUCAUUGAAGGAAACACCAAACUCCAUCAUCCCAGCCAAUGGACGUCCCAAACUGACUGUGCCAGUCAAGGAAUCCUCAAUCUCUACUCUCCCAGCUGACGUUCGUCCCUCACACAUUUUGAACCAGGACGACAAAUAGUGGCAAGACUCUGUGCUUUUAAGUUAAAAGCCCCAAACUUCCACAUACAUGUCAUGAUACUGCCUCGGUUUUCCAGAUAUGGAUCCACCCUCACAUCUACUUCUUUUUUAAAAAAAAUGCUAACAACUGAAUUUUAAUCUUUCAGACUAUUUGCUUGUAAAUUAAUGUUUUCUGCAUCAAGAGAAUGUUCCCAAUAAAAUUUACCAUCUAAUUUCAUAUGCACGU